GUAGCCGGUGUUGAUCACUGGUGACGCUGGGCAGUGCAAUCAUGGAGCCAAGUUAUAAGAUGGGAAAAUAUAGUCCCAACCACUUACUGGAACAACAAGAUUUUGAAGAGAACCACCAGUGGACAAUGAGUGGCCCACCUGGCAGCAUUCAAGAUCAUGAUAACUUCAAUGUGCAACAGAAGAAGUUGGAAAAAGAGAGAAGGCGGAUUGAAGAACAAUCUAGGAAAAAGAGACAGCAGUUAGGAAUAUUACAACACAAUCCCGACAGUCGCCCGACCUCAGGCCGCAAACAUCGCAGCGAAACACAACCCCUCGUGGGAUCCAAACCGUCCACCCCCACAAAUCUCCAUGCCAAAAACAAGUCAAAAAAGAAAUUAUUGGAAAAGCAUGAGCAUGAAUACAUCGGUCCUGCAGGUUUUGAGGACGAGGAGGAAAUUCGAGGCCACUCGCCAAAUCUCCGUCGGAACGAUGGCUCGUAUCCCGUCCUCAAUGUUACGGAGGAUAGUUAUAGUGAUGACCCAGAUAGUGAUAUCCAAGACAUUCCAAUUAUAAAUCAAGGUGAGGAAUCAAACAAAAAGAAGAAAGACAAAAACAAGAAAGGCAAAUCGGGGGGUGGAGGGCAGUGGACAGCCCUCACUCCAAAUACCUCCUCAACCUCCCUCUCAAAGAACUCCCGCUCCCGUUCCCGAACCCCCGAGAUCAUGAUUACGGGGGCGGAUGAUCGUCAGCCAGAGAAUGAUUCUGACGUGGAUGAUAUCCCUAUGUUGGAUGCAGAAAACUCGAACAAACCUAGCAAAGGCCAGAAGCCGAAAAACAAAAAAGCUGCCCCUAAUAGGCCUCCGGCACCCCCCAAUACGGGCGGUGAUCGUUCUGGAGGGCGGUCCCCAAUACCCCCAGCAGCUCAGCAGAAACAGAGACAGAAACCCAGCAGCCAACCUGUACAGGGAUUCCAACAACCAGACGUGGAGGAAGACGAAGACGACGGGGUGGAUGAGACUAGUGCCCCCGUAGUACCCACCAAGUCCCCCAGCAGUAAAAAUCUCAAAAAAAUGGCUGCCUACAACAAUGAUAAUGAUGAGCAAGAGGAGGCAGUAGAAGGUGCCGAGGGUCGAGACUACUCACCCGAGCUCACUGAAAACCUGGACGAUUUUGUGCUCAGGCCAGCCCCUCAAGGUCAUGUAAUGAAAUGUCGGAUCACACGAGACAAAAAAGGUGUGGAUCGAGGAAUUUAUCCAACAUACUUUCUCCAUUUAGAGAAAGAUGAUGGCAAAAAGGUAUUUUUACUGGCUGGUAGAAAGAGGAAGAAGAGUAAAACAUCAAACUACCUGAUAUCCACGGAUCCUACAGAUCUGUCCAGGGGAGGCGAGGCCUAUGUAGGCAAACUCAGGGCCAACUUAUUAGGGACCCAGUUCACUUUGUUUGACAAUGGUGACAACCCAAAAAGCAAUUAUGAAAAUGCUAGAAAAGAAUUAGUUGGAAUUAUUUAUGAAACAAAUGUCUUAGGUUUUAAAGGACCAAGAAAAAUGACCAUUAUUAUUCCUGGGAUGAAUUUGGAUCAUGAACGAGUAGACAUCAAGCCAAGAUCUGACAAUGAUGGCUUGAUUGACAGAUACAAGAGGAAAAAUAUGGAGAACAUAUUGGAACUCCACAACAAGACCCCCGUCUGGAAUGAUGAGACUCAAUCAUAUGUGCUAAAUUUCCAUGGACGAGUCACUCAGGCUUCUGUAAAGAAUUUCCAAAUUGUGCAUGACAAUGAUGUUGAAUAUAUUGUGAUGCAGUUUGGCCGAGUGGCGGAAGACGUGUUUACCAUGGAUUUUAAUUACCCUCUUUGUGCUGUUCAAGCUUUUGGAAUAGCACUGAGUAGUUUUGACAGUAAACUAGCCUGUGAAUAACCCCUACCCCCAUAUCUCUACCCCACCCACCAUCAUCUGAAUCACAGCUCAAUCCAAUCUCAUAAAUUUUUUUAUCUGUGCAGAUAAAUGUAGUGUUUCUUUGCUUCUUGUGUGAAAGUGAUUAAUUAUGACUUGGUUAUGAAAUUGCACUUAAAAAAAACAAUGGGUCCACAUAUUAUAUUUAUCAUUAGUUGUAAAAUGAAUUCAUUUAUUUAAAGAUUAAAAUUUUACAUGGCAGGAAUACAUUAGAAAGUUUUAUUAUUAUUCUGGCUCGGAAAUCUGCAUGCACAUUUUACUGUGUUCAAUCUCAUCUUCAUUUUGUGUUCAUUUUUUUUUUUUAAUUUUUUAGAAAAAUAAGUAGUGGACAUUUUUUUUACUAGUUCCAGAGUAUACAACUUGCUAGAGUAUUGUUAAAUUGGGAGGAAAAA